GAUGGAAGGAGGAGGAGAAGGAGGUCGGCAACAGCGCCGUUGAGCCCCAGGAGAAGGAGGAGCGCCGGGCCGGAGUCAGAGCCUCCCCGAGGAGCCGCCGGGCUAGAGGCCGAGCGCUUCCGUUGCUUUGGGCUGCCGAGCCUCGGCGGGGUCUCGGGCGCUGUACAGUCGUCUGCAGCAGCUUCGCCCCCAGCUCGCUGAAGCCCCGAGAGGAGGAGGAGGAAGAGCAGCCGAGCUCCCGGGGAUGAAGGAGGAGCGGGGAUGGGGGAUUCCGGAGCGGAUCCUGGCCGGGCUGCCCCCGGAGAUGGCUGGCUGGCUGCAGGAGGGCCGGGUGGAGAGCUGCUCCCGGGUGGCGGCGGCCCUGGCCGGAGGCUUCCCGCUCAGCUCUCCUCCGGCCCAGGAGGGGAGGCAGAUGCAGGAGCUUCUGAAGCAGUCAGUCUUGGUAACUCCUGAAGGAAGAGAAGCUCUCUCUCAUCCCUCCUCUAUGAAGCAGCUCUGGGGAAGCAUCUCUGAGGAGGAUCAAAAUCCUCGUCGUCAUGGAUCAGCGACAGCUCAGGAUUCGGUGUCCUUCGAGGAGGUGGCUGUGUAUUUCACGGAGGACGAGUGGGCGCUGCUGGAUCCCAGCCAGAGAGCCUUACAUGGGGAAGUCAUGCUGGAGAAUUUUAGGAGUGUGGCCGCUCUGGCUUAUGGACAAGAGCACGAGAACUACAGGGAUCAAAUGAUCAAGUCUGAAGUAGACAUGCUUGUUGGUCAAGAACCAUCCCAAAGGAUUAAGAAAAUCUGUAAAGUGAGCGGAGGGGAGGAAUCUCCGGCAUCCAAUGACAUCCUCUCUCUCCCAACCCAGGAAGUUCACCAAGGAGAAGAAAAGGGAAAAUAUCUCAGAUGUGGCAAAGGAGACGAAGAGAACUCUGGUUUCACUAAAUAUUAUGCAACCCAGACUGAAGAAGAACAAUAUGAAUAUCAAGAGGAUGGGCAAAGUAUCAGCUCUACCUCCUACCUUGCCCUACCUCACCCAUCGUACAGCCAAGAGACACCAUAUGCAGUUAUAAAUUAUGGGGAGAAUUUCACUUUCAGCGGUCAUAUAAUUUCCCAUAAAGAGGAGAAACCAUAUGAGUGUGGAGUGGAUUUCAGUAGGAAACAAUUACUUAUUUUACCCCCCAAAAUUCCCCCGAGGGAGAAACCAUAUGAAUGUCUGAGGUGUGAAAAGACAUUUGCUCAGAGAGGAAACUUGAUCAUACAUGAACGGACACACACAGGGGAGAAGCCAUACGUAUGCCUGGUAUGUGGGCGAAGAUUCAGUCAAAGCGGUCACCUUACGAGACACCAACGAUCCCACACGGGGGAGAAACCGUACACGUGCUUGCAAUGUGGAAGGCAGUUCAGUGGACGUUCGAAUCUGGUGAAGCACAUAAGGAGCCACACGGAGGAGAAACCAUACAUAUGUACGGAGUGUGGAAAGAGCUUCCGGGACAACAGUGUCCUGCUGUGCCACAUGAGGAUCCACACAGGAGAAAAGCCAUUCAAAUGCCUGGAGUGCGGGAAGAACUUCAGGCGAAACUGUCACCUUGUGGAACACAAGAGGAUCCAUACAGGAGAGAAACCCUACCGGUGCUUGGAGUGUGGGAAGAGUUUCAGUCAGAAAAGCAAUCUUUUGCAACAUAAACGAAUUCACACUGGGGAGAAACCCUACACGUGCCCGGAAUGUGGAAAGAGUUUCAAUCAGAGUAGUCAAUUUAUAUGCCAUAAAAGGAUUCACACGGGAGAAAAACCGUACCGGUGCGUUAUAUGUGGGAAACGGUUCGGUCACAAUGGUAGCCUUUUGCAGCAUAAGAAAAUUCACACAGGAGAAAAUCCCUAUAAAUGUGCCGAGUGUGGGAAAUGCUUCAAUCAGAACUAUAAACUUUUGCAACACCAACGGAUUCACACAGGGGAGAAGCCAUACCAGUGCAAGGAGUGUGGAAGGAGUUUCAGUUGCAGCAGUGACUUUAUUUGUCAUAAAAGGAUUCACACAGGAGAGAAACCAUAUACCUGCCUGGAGUGUGGAAAGGGUUUUAAUAAAAGCAGUCGGCUUACAUCACAUCGAAGAAAACACACAGGAGAGAAGCCAUAUAAAUGCACAGAGUGCGGAAAGAGGUUUUCCUAUAGGGAUUGCCUCACAAGACACCAACGAACCCACACUGGGGAGAAACCAUAUAUAUGCUUGAUAUGCGGAAAGAAAUUCGGUGGACAUUCAGGUCUCAGAAUCCACGUCAGAAUCCACACGGGGGAGAAACCCUACAGGUGCACGGACUGUGGAAAGAGUUUCUGUAAAUACAGUAAUUUCCUUUGCCAUAAAAGGAUCCACACAGGAGAAAAACCGUAUAAGUGCACAGAAUGUGGAAAGAGCUUCACACAGAACGCGAACCUUGUCAAGCACAAAAGAAUCCACACGGGAGAGAAGCCUUACAAAUGUGCAGAUUGCGGGAAAAGCUUCAACCAGACCAAUCACCUUUCACAACACGAAAGAAUCCACACACGAGAAAAACCCAUCCAUGUAGAAGGAAAACCCUAUCAAUGCACGGACUGCGGCAACAGCUUCAAUAGCAGCAGCCAUUUAAUUUCCCAUCAAAGAACCCACUCGGGGGAGAAACCAUAUAAGUGCCUCGAGUGUGGAAAGAGCUUCAGUGAGUAUAGCUCCCUGACUUCCCAUAAAAGGAUCCAUUCAGGCGAGAAACCAUAUAAAUGUGUGGAUUGCGGAAAGAGCUUCACUCAGAGCGGACAGCUCACUUCUCAUAAAAGGAUCCACACAGGAGAAAAACCAUAUAAAUGCACGGAAUGUGGCAAGAACUUCAGUCGGAAUGGUCAGCUUACAUUGCAUAAAAGGAUCCAUUCUGGAGAGAAACCAUAUAAAUGCACGGAAUGUGGAAAGAGCUUCAGCCAGAGCGGCCACCUGACUUUUCAUAAAAGCAUUCACACUGGAGAGAAACCGUAUAAAUGUAUAGAGUGUGGAAAGAGCUUCACCAUAAGUAGUCACCUUAUUUCCCAUAAAAGGAUCAACACGGGGGAUAAAUCCUAUAAAUGCACAGAAUGCGGAAAGACCUGCAGUACCAACUGUGAUUUUACUUUGCAUAAAAGGAUCCAUUUGGGGAAGAAACCCUAUACAUGCACAGAGUGUGGAAAGAGCUUCAUUGACCUGAGUUCCUUUACUUGCCACAAAUGGAUCCACUCCCGUGAGAAACCGCAUCAAUGCACGGAGUGUGGGAAGAAUUUCAGGAAUGCCACUAAUCUGAGUGAACACAAAAGGGUCCACUCAGGUGAAAAGCCAUAUAAAUGCGCAGAAUGUGGGAAAAGCUUUAGGUGGAGCAGUUGCCUUACAUCCCAUAGAAGGAUCCACACGGGGGAGAAACCGUACAAAUGCACGGAGUGUGGAAAGGACUUCCGGAGGAGCGGUUCUCUCACUACUCAUAAAAGAAUCCACACAGGGGAGAAACCAUACCAAUGCACCGAGUGCGGAAAGAGUUUCACUAUGAAUAGUAGUCUGACUUCCCAUAAAAGAAUUCACACUGGUGAAAAGCCGUAUACCUGCCUGGAAUGUGGGAAGACUUUCCGCAAGAGUGAUAAUCUUAUUUCCCAUAAAAGGGUACACAUGAGAUAUAAACCAUGUUAAUGUUUUGGAUGAAGGGGACAGAACCUUAGCCACAGCAAUUGUCUUCAGAUUUACACCAAGGAGAACUUGUAUAACUGCAUGGAACAUGGAAAGAGCUUCAAAAUGUAGCAAGAUAUUAUAAAGUGCUCUAUACUAGGGGUGUCAAACUAGGCUUUAGGAGCAGUUGGCUUUGUGGCCGAUUGGGGGGCGGGAGGGGAAUCUGACUCAGUGGGUAAAAUUCAAUUUUUUUACUAAUGGUUCAGUGGGCGUAGUUUGGAGGGU